GCAGGGAAUAUACACUGCUGAAAACAUUUGAAAAUGUUGAUGAUUUCUGUGAUUGCUGUCAAGAGAAAUAUGUUCCGUACAUAGAGGAAGGAGAAAGAUGCUUUCAAACUAUUUCAAAUUAUGAUCUUCCAUCGAAGGGUUUGUGUGGGGCUGGACUAUCCUGUCAGAGAUUACCAGAUCAGACGUCAUCAACCUGUCAACGGAACCCAACCAACUGUCAUAAGGCCCAGGAUAGUUAUGAUGCAAAAGUGGAGGAAGGAGAAUUAGGAAUGGAUGAGUCUAGACCUCUCUGUAAUGAUGAUGGGUUAUUUGAACCUUUACAGUGUUACUUUGCAGGAGUCUGUAGAUGUGUGGAUGAACUAACAGGAGAACCAAUAUUUGGAUUAGCGGUCAACCUGGCAGAAGCUACACAGGAAGGGGUUAACUGUGGAUGUGGAAGAGAGAUAGAGGUUAUCAAAACUAUGGGUUGCAGUUUGCAGGUUGACUACGACGGAGACACGGAGUUAAGUAAAGCCAAGUUUGGUGCCGAGUAUACUGAAUGCAUUCAGAAUCAACCUCAAUACUUCAA